AGCCACAACACACCGCUCGAGGCACCCCAGCGCCGCGGACCGUCGGCUCAAUCCCGAGGGGGGCAGGGGGAGCUCAGAGCAGGGGGUCCAACACACCGAGGAGGGACGAAGACAUCACGGCGUGAGUUGGGGGCUGCCUUCCAACCUGAAGGGGCCGGUGGUUCGGCCACACCACCCUGGAUUAGCUAGUUUGUACCCGCGCAGCUAAGUGAAUGGGAUGGAGCCGGGACCGUCUGGCGCUGUGCCCAUGGGGGUCUUCCCCCCACCCCUGCAGCAGGUGUUCCAUGCCCCGCGUCGGCCAGGAAUGGGCACUGUGGGCAAGCCCAUCAAACUGCUGGCCAACUACUUCGAGGUGGAGAUCCCCAAGAUGGACGUCUACCACUACGAGGUGGACAUUAAGCCGGACAAGUGCCCGCGGCGAGUCAACCGGGAAGUGGUGGAGUACAUGGUGCAGCACUUCAAGCCGCAGCUCUUUGGCGACCGCAAGCCCGUGUACGACGGCAAGAAGAAUAUCUACACGGUGCUGGCGCUGCCCAUCGGCAGUGAAAAGGUGGAUUUCGAGGUUACCAUCCCAGGGGAGGGCAAGGACCGAAUCUUCAAGGUGUCCAUCCGUUGGCUGGCUAAGGUGUCAUGGCGCCUGCUGCAGGAGACGCUGGUCAGCGGGCGGCUACAGGUGCCCCUCGACUCGGUGCAAGCCCUGGACGUGGCCAUGCGUCACUUGGCCUCUAUGAGGUACACUCCUGUGGGUCGCUCGUUCUUCUCCCCGCCAGAAGGCUACUACCACCCUCUGGGCGGUGGCCGGGAAGUAUGGUUCGGCUUCCACCAGUCGGUGCGGCCCGCCAUGUGGAAGAUGAUGCUCAACAUCGACGUGUCUGCCACCGCCUUCUACAAAGCCCAGCCUGUCAUCGAAUUCAUGUGCGAAGUUCUGGACAUCCGCAACAUAGAUGAGCAGCCCAAAACCCUCACCGAUUCGCAACGGGUUCGCUUCACCAAAGAGAUCAAAGUAGUGUCAGGUCUCGUAUACCCCGCUUCGCCAGGCCUCAAGGUGGAAGUGACCCACUGUGGGCAAAUGAAGAGGAAGUACCGUGUAUGCAAUGUCACCCGACGUCCUGCCAGCCAUCAGACGUUCCCCCUCCAGCUCGAAAGCGGGCAGACCGUAGAAUGCACUGUUGCUCAGUACUUCAAGCAGAAGUACAACCUGCAGUUAAAAUACCCCCACCUGCCCUGCCUGCAGGUGGGGCAGGAGCAGAAGCACACAUAUCUGCCCCUAGAGGUGUGCAACAUCGUGGCGGGCCAAAGAUGCAUCAAGAAGCUGACGGAUAAUCAGACGUCCACCAUGAUCAAAGCGACUGCUCGCUCGGCGCCCGAUAGACAGGAAGAGAUCAGCCGGCUGAUGAAGAACGCCAACUUCAACCUCGACCCCUACAUCCAGGAAUUUGGCAUCAAGGUGAAGGACGACAUGGCUGAAGUAACGGGCAGAGUGCUUCCAGCUCCGAUCCUGCAGUACGGAGGACGGAACCGAGCCAUAGCCACCCCAAAUCAGGGCGUGUGGGACAUGCGGGGCAAGCAGUUCUACAACGGCAUCGAGAUCAAAGUGUGGGCCAUCGCCUGCUUUGCCCCGCAGAAGCAAUGCAGAGAGGAGGUGCUGAAGAACUUCACAGACCAGUUACGCAAGAUCUCCAAGGACGCCGGCAUGCCCAUCCAAGGCCAGCCGUGCUUCUGCAAGUACGCGCAGGGAGCGGACAGCGUGGAGCCCAUGUUCAGACACCUGAAGAACACCUACUCGGGGCUACAGCUCAUCAUUGUCAUCCUGCCCGGCAAAACUCCCGUCUACGCGGAGGUGAAGCGCGUGGGAGACACCCUGCUGGGCAUGGCCACGCAAUGCGUCCAGGUGAAGAACGUGGUCAAGACGUCCCCUCAGACCCUCUCCAACCUUUGCCUCAAGAUUAACGUCAAGCUGGGGGGCAUCAAUAACAUCCUGGUGCCGCACCAAAGGUCAGCGGUGUUCCAGCAGCCGGUUAUCUUCCUGGGAGCUGAUGUGACGCACCCUCCUGCUGGAGACGGCAAGAAACCCUCCAUCACUGCUGUGGUGGGCAGCAUGGACGCCCACCCCAGCCGCUACUGCGCCACCGUGCGGGUCCAGCGGCCUCGGCAGGAGAUCAUCGAGGAUCUGUCCUACAUGGUGCGCGAGCUGCUCAUCCAGUUCUAUAAGUCCACCCGCUUCAAGCCCACCAGGAUCAUCUUCUACAGGGACGGCGUUCCGGAAGGCCAACUGCCGCAGAUUCUCCACUAUGAGCUGCUGGCCAUCAGGGACGCCUGCAUUAAGCUGGAGAAGGACUACCAGCCCGGCAUCACUUACAUUGUGGUGCAGAAGCGCCAUCACACGCGCCUCUUCUGUGCCGACAAAUCUGAAAGGAUUGGAAAAAGCGGAAACAUACCCGCUGGCACUACAGUGGACACCAGCAUCACUCACCCCUUUGAGUUUGACUUCUACCUGUGUAGCCACGCAGGCAUACAGGGUACGAGCCGGCCGUCGCAUUAUUACGUCUUGUGGGAUGACAAUCGUUUCACGGCCGACGAGUUGCAGAUCCUCACCUACCAGUUGUGCCACACCUACGUACGCUGCACCCGCUCUGUGUCCAUCCCGGCGCCAGCCUACUACGCCCGCCUCGUGGCCUUCCGUGCCCGCUACCAUCUUGUGGACAAAGAGCACGACAGCGGGGAGGGCAGUCACGUGUCAGGUCAGAGUAACGGCCGGGACCCCCAGGCGCUAGCUAAAGCGGUCCAGAUCCACCACGACACCCUGAGGACCAUGUACUUCGCCUGAGCUGCAUAGCAAGGCAGCCGCCACUUCCCCUCACCAUGUCCCUUACGCCCAAGUGGGCUCGCAGCUCUCCACCACUAUGACCACCUCAUCCUCUUCCCUUAUCCCUGUGUGACUGCCCACGACUCAUCACCCACCCGCCAUAUCGAUCCAAUCUUCAAAACAUUCUCCAGCCUCAUCCACUCAAAAGGUUAUGAAUAUUAUUAUUAUUAUUGCGAUUGUUCCUUUGUUUUUACUCGACCGGGACUGUUUUAGUUUUUUCGUCUGUAUUACGAUGUAAUAUUGUUUACUACCUUCACACUCGCAAGUAAGUAUGCAAUAUGGAGGAAAUUAGGCGGUGCACAAUGCUGCCUCUUUAAUCCAAUCCCGAUGCCAGUGUUCCAAAAUCACAAAGAUUGGGUAUCCUUUGCUUACUUUCAUUGUUUUUACAAAUAAUGUUAUUCUUCUUGUAUUGUUUCUUUUUUUUUUUUUUUUUAAACCCACCUUGAGCUACUUUAGCACUUAGCGUUUAGCAUGUAGGUGCCUGCGCGCCAUUUUCACUUUCCUAAGCGGGUGUAGCAUAUCUUAGAGCCUUUAGAAGGCUUCGCAAAGUAUAACAAUGGACGCUUGCGUUGAGCCAGGGGCGGGGAACCUUUUUGCCUGUCUCUUCCGCAAUUGUAGUCCGCAGGUUGCCCACCCUUGGUGUGUAAAAGAUACUUGCACCCCGUGCACCUGAACCAGCAUAAUUAACCAGCCAAAAAAAGAACAAACAACCAAUGGAAAAAGGAGGCACUUCAACAGGGAGCUCGUUUUUAUGAUUUUUGUCUGUAUGCUCUUUAAAGAUUUACAAGGCACUUUUUGUUUUACUUAUUGAUUUUUUUUUAGGACUUCCAAAUGGCCUCAUCUUUGUACACUAAGUCGCACACUUCUAUAGCUAUACAUGAGCUCUUACCUCACCGCAUAGACAGCAGAAGCACACUCUCUCAAGACUAUCCCUCUUCAAAUGCACUUGUUCCUCAACACUCAUCCUUUGUCAUCGUCACCUUCAUUACUGCGUUUAUCGCUUCGCAAUCCUUUCGCGCAGCGUUUCCCAAACUUGUCAAAGGCAUUUGUUUCGUUUUUCACCAUGGCACCUGCCACAGAGUUACAAUAGUGCGGUCCAGUCUGCCAAUGUCAUAUUGCUUUCUGACCCCUGUACCAGUAGUUGAAUGCAUGAAGCAAAACUGAUUGGCGCCGCCUAGUGUAAGAAAAUGUAUGGACUCAGUUUGGGAAACCUUGCCUUUUUUUGUGUCAGCCAAUCUCCCUUGGUGCUCCGUGUGCAUGGGUGGCACGAAUAAGGGAGUUGCGACCACUUAUUAAUACACCCUGCCUUUUUAAAUAUGAUAAUAAUAAUAAUGCAUGGAACACGUUGUAAAACUGGAUUAUCUGAGCCACUUUUUUUCGCUGCCUGUUUGCCUCAAUUGUGAAGUAGUUACAAAAAUCUGCCCCCCUCCCCAUCACCACCACAUUACUUGAGUAUUGUGAAUCGUCUGUGGAGACCGAAGUCCCUUUCACACUUGUUUACUUUUUGUUGGAUGUAUUCAUUUUCAGUGGCAAAAUAAAUUCUGCAAAUACUGUAAUUUAGUUUUUAGUGAUGUGGAAAAAGUAGCACUUUUACUGUGGGUGCCGCCAAUCUUACGGAUCUGGUACUACCUCCAAAAAUGGAAAAUUCUUGCUCUGAAAGCGCAGACAGUUAAGCAAACUUAUCUCGCCUUGGGUUCGAAAUGUCGUGUCUUUUUGCCGAUUAGUUUUGUGUGAAAGAGGCUUUGGUCCAAAUGCCACCUUGGUUGCCCCACCAAAGGCGUUUGUGGGGUUUUUAAAUCACAUUUAUGGACUCGCAUAUUGUCCAAAAAAAAAGCCUUUGUACGAUGUUUUACUGACCCGUCAUUGUGUUGAAGGUGAUUUGUACAUAUAAAUAAAUAUAUGAUAUUAACCUGUUAUGUAUUUUGGCUCACCACUCGCCAGGCCUUGUCACAAUUUUUCGGGGGCCAGUACUCUCCCGCCGUCUCGUCCGUUCCGCCCUCUCCAGAUAAUAAUGAUUCGCGGCAGUUCCUUGCACCGCUGAAACCAGAUGCAGUUCUCACUCACUGAAGCCACAAAGCACCUUGCAAGAGGGGGCGGACGGGCAGGCAAGCGGUAGGGCCAGGUGGGUUUGUGGGGUUCGGAUUGUAUGUACGACAGCCGGCAGCCUCACCAUCUGACUAAGCAAUAUCGAAGCCAGUGAUCAAGAACAAUCCUUGUCAUAGCACUUCCCAAUAGAUUUGGAAUGAAAGGACUUGGAAGCGUUACGCUCUUUUGGCUCUCUAUGUGAUAGUAGUAAUGGAAACUCUGUGGGGAGGGUUAUUUUUUAAGAAGAAAAUAAAUUUGUUUUUUAAAUAA